AUGCAGAAAAGAAACAUUCGCCUUAAGUAUUGCUUACUGUUGCAUCUCCUACUAUUACAACAUGGCAUAACCUCCAGUAAUACUAGUACAACUAUCAACAUUGAAUCCAGCCCAACUUCCAGUGAACCCACUACAGCCACCACUGGAUCCAGUGCAACCUCCAGUGAGACUAGUAUAGCCUUGAACACUGCAUCCAGCACGAUCCAUGGUAGUCCUAGCACAGCCACUAAUGCUGGAUCCCAAGGGACCUUCAGUGGAUCCAGCUCAACCUCCAGUACUGAAUCCAGUGUGACCUCUGGAGGGUCCAGCACAACUUCUGACACUGGAUCCAGCAUGACCUCUGGAAGGGCCAGCACAACCUCUGACACUGGAUCCGGCAUGACUUCUGGAAGGGCCACCACAACCUCCAGUACUGGAUCCAGCGUGACCUCUGGAGGGGCCAGCACAACCUCUGACACUGGAUCCGGCAUGACUUCUGGAAGGGCCACCACAACCUCCAGUACUGGAUCCAGCGUGACCUCUGGAGGGGCCAGCACAACCUCUGACACUGGAUCCAGCGUGACCUCUGGAAGGUCCAGCACAGCCUCUGACACUGGAUCCAGCGUGACUUCUGGAGGGGCCACCACAACCUCCAGUACUGGAUCCAGCAUGACCUCUGGAGGGGCCACCACAACUUCCAGUACUGGAUCCAGGGUGACUUCUGGAAGGACCAGCACCGCCUCUGACACUGGAUCCAGCAUGACCUCUGGAGGGGCCAGCACAACCUCCAGUACUGGAUCCGGUGUGACCUCUGGAGGGCCCAGCACAGCCUCCAGUACUGGAUCUGGUGUGACCUCUGGAGGGUCCAGCACAGCCUCUGACACUGGAUCCAGCGUGACUUCUGGAGGGGCCACCACAACCUCCAGUACUGGAUCCAGCGUGACCUCUGGAGGGGCCACCACAACUUCCAGUACUGGAUCCAGCGUGACCUCUGGAAGGACCAGCACAGCCUCUGACACUGGAUCCAGCAUGACCUCUGGAGGGGCCAGCACAACCUCCAGUACUGGAUCCAGCGUGACCUAUGGAGGGUCCAGCACAGCCUCCAGUACUGGAUCCAGUGUGACCUCUGGAGGGGCCAGCACAGCCUCCAGUACUGGAUCCAGUGUGACCUCUGGAGGGGCCAGCACAACCUCCAGUACUGGAUCCAGCGUGACCUCUGGAGGGUCCAGCACAGCCUCCAGUACUGGAUCCAGUGUGACCUCUGGAGGGGCCAGCACAACCUCUGACACUGGAUCCAGCGUGACCUCUGGAGGGUCCAGCACAAUCUCCAGUACUGGAUCCAGCGUGACCUCUGGAGGGGCCAGCACAACCUCUGACCCUGGAUCCAGUGCAAUCACAGGAGGCUCUGAUACACCUUUUCCAACUGGAACACACACAACGUCUAACAAAAGUAGCACAAGUGCUGGAACUCCAGUGGAGGAAGUGAAGCCCACUGGGUCCCUGAAGCCAUGGGAAAUCUUCCUCAUCACUCUGGUCUCAGUUGUAGUGGUCGUGGGAUUCUUUGUUGGGCUCUUCUUCUGCGUGAGAAACUCCCUGUCCAUGAGAAGUGUCCUUGACACAGCUGUCUACCGCCCCCAUGGCCCCAACCUCGGCCGGGGCCCUGGAGGGAAUCACGGAGCCCAUCACAGGCCUAGGUGGAGCCCUGCCAGGCCCUGGAACAGACCCAUAUCCUCAGGAACCAUGGAGAUGAGAGAAAGUCACAGUGGGUUCUGA